UCAGGUUUACUGCAGACAGACUAGCAGGAAAGCAGCAAUAUAUUCUUCCAGCCCGGACCACAUUUGGGAAGAUUAUCUAACUGUUAGCUGCAAAUCAAGUUGAAAAUAAAUUGUGAUAAUUAUACAUCAACACUUAGGUGAGAGGUGCGGAUAUGAGCUCAGAGGAGGAGUCAAAGUAUCAGACACCACCCACCUGCGAUCUGCUCAGCCUUCUGCUGAAGAACAGGCGCCCCACUGGAGCUGUCAAUGAGGUUUGGCCCAACCUCUUCAUCGGAGAUGCGGCUACAGCUCAGGAUAAACACCUGUUGGAACAUCUGGAAAUAACACAUGUGGUGAAUGCUGCAGAUGGUCCCCAACACAUUGAUACCGGGCCAUGUUUCUACAAAGACACUAACAUAGUGUAUCGUGGAAUAGAAGCACCGGAUUGCAAAGAUUUUGACUUGAGCCCAUUCUUCACAGAGACGGCUGAUUUUAUUCAUGAAGCUCUGAGUCAGAAAGGUAGGGUACUCGUCCACUGUGCUCGAGGAAUCAGUCGCUCAGCCACCCUUGUGUUGGCCUUCCUCAUGAUCAAAGAAAGACUUACCCUUGUGGAGGCGGUGGAAGUUGUUCGCAGGAGAAGAAACAUCCUUCCAAAUGUUGGUUUUUUAAACCAGCUCUGUCAACUUGACUCAAUCUUGGCUCCACAGAAGAGGAACACAUAAUAUCUAGAGGUGAAGAGGAGGCGUGGAUGUAUGAAUGUUAAACUAUUUUUCAUUUUUAUCUAUCCUUCACUGUGUGGUUAUUCAUUUUGCAGACCACAGUUCUUCAGUAAUAAAUUUUCUUUUUAUAACUUCAGAAGAUUCAUUAUUUCCCAGUAACUGCUGAGAAUAAAUUCAUGAAUUUAUGUAAAGUUUCAAAAGAUUAGCUCAAGAAAAACAGAAGCCUUUGAUUAAUUUGCUGUGAUGUCCUGUUUUCAAGUCUGCAACACAUGAUUUAAGGCUUGACACAAUAAAGGAAGCAGAACCUGAUCAUUUUUGUCUUGAUAUGAUGCCUGAAGGUUUCUGGAAUCAGUGUUUUUCUCAUAUUCCUG